AACGGAGACAAAGAGAAAGUUUUCAAAGCUCGAGAAGAUGGAGUUCUAACUACUGUUCUUAAAGAUGAAAUGUGUUAGGAUUUUAUCAACCUAAUAGAAACAUAGUUAACUACCUCCGCACUAGUCUUCACCAGUGACACUCUUACUGCGAUGCUGAACGAAACCAUGUUUAACAGCAGCGUUGGACGAAGCUGGGAUAUCUCUACCUUCUGUGAUAACCCCUUUUGGGAUUCUGCCCUAUUCUGGAACAACUCAUGGCCUCAAACGACGCGAUGCUUCCAGAACACAAUCCUAUUGCCCCUUCCAUGCUACUAUGCUAUUUUCUCACUGUUUGUGUAUAUCUGUUGUUUAUGGAGGAGAAAGCCAAGUAGUGUGCAUUGGGAUCUGAUGUUUGUUCUAAAACUGUUUGUUUGUAGCUUGCUUAUAGCUACAGAGAUUGUUCCGUGUUUUCUAGAGUCUCAGAGUCUUCGACUUGGCUCUGACUUAUACCUCAGUAUAAUCAAAUGCACAACAUAUGUGUUAGUUCUGCUCACAGUCAUCCUAGAACAAAAAUGUUCUGUGUUGCAGUCACCUUUGUUAUUUCUGUUCUUCUUACUUCUCUUAUUGACACACGUUGUUCCAUUUUACUCCAGGAUCAUCUUACAGGAAUACGAGACGAGCAUUGUGUCUUUUGUCUUGUUUUACUUUAACUUUGGUGCUAUUUUGUGUGCAUCGGUUCUUUAUGGCUUUAAUCAUAAGCAUCCAAACUUUAAGCCCUCAUCAGAAGAAGCCGAUGCUCCAUUGCUUUCUAAGUUCACAUUAGACUGGGUGACUAGUUUAGUAAUCAAAGGCUACAAGAAACCACUGACCGACAAAGAAGUAUUUUCACUUAAAAACUCUGAAAAAUCUGGAACAGUUGUACAUUUAUUUCUCAAGAAUGUUUCGAAAUAUAGCAGACGACCAAUUGUGAGUACUAGAUCUAGAUCUAGUAGAAAGUAUCAGGGAAGAGAAAAUGGGAUCAAGAACACAGUAGUUAAUAAAACAGAUGGAACAUUCAAUUCCUCCACUUUGGAAUGCAAACUAUCGACAACAGAAGCUAGCGAGGCUAACAUUUCCUCUGAUCUCCAAAAUGAAAAGGUUUGCUUCCUUCCUUCAGCUGAAUCUCUGGAGACCAAAGGAUCUGGAUUUGUGUUGUGGAAGGUAAUCCUGCGUACAUUUUGGAGGCAAGUCCUAAAAUGCUGUUUGCUGAGUCAUCUGGCUAAAGUUUUUACUCUUCUUUGUCCAGUGUUUCUUAAGUUGUUUAUAGAUUUUUCAAUGGCUGAAGAUGAACCAGUCUGGCAUGGCUAUUUGUUGGCAACAGCUCUGUUUUUGUCAUCAGUUCUGUCACAAAUCAUCUAUGAGAGCUACAUCUUCCAAUGCAACCUAACAACAAUACGAGUUAGAGCAGCUCUUGUAUCUGCUAUUUAUAGGAAGACUUUGUCACUGUGCACAGAAGCAAGACAAGCUAUGUCUUCAGGGGAGGUGAUUCAACUGAUCUCAAAAGAUGUUGACACUGUAUAUACAAUGCUGGAUGAAGGUUUCCUUUUGAUUGAGGCCCCUAUAGAACUUUUGGUUGGAUUUAUCAUGAUCUACUACACUGUUGGCAUUGCUGUAUUUGCUGCUCUUGCUACAUUGGUUUUUCUCUUCACUCUAAAACUGAUUGGUUCCCGCUUACAACUUCAGUGCGAGGAAGAAUUAAGGGGGGCAGCAGAUAGGAGAAUGAAAAUAACAUCCCAAGUUUUUGCUGGCAUCAAGGUUUUAAAACUUUAUGCCUGGGAAGAAGCAUUUAAGUCCCGCAUGAACGAUAUAAGGAGAGAUGAACUAAAAGCUGUGUUCAAAUUCAACUUCUUAAGAUUCGCAACAACUUUUGCAUGGACUGGAGCUUUCUUUUGGCUGACUUUCUUCACUUUCCUGACCUACGUCCUUGUUGACCAAGAGAAUCAUCUAAAUGCAUCAGUGGUGUUUGUCACUAUUUCAUACCUUGGUAUAGUUCGUAGAGCAAGUAAUUGUUUCUCCUACAGUUUGGACUAUGUCAUUUCUGGAUUUGUGUCUUCAAGACGUCUGAUCAAAUAUUUGGAUUUUAAAGAUAUUGAAAAGUCAACAGCAGAUCAAGCUUCCUCUCACAUGGCAAAUGAUGACGCCGUUGAAAUAACUGAUGGAAAUUUUGGAUGGACAUCAAAUUCUGAACCUACCCUUAAAAACAUUUGUUUACAAGUCCCAAAGGGUAGUCUUGUAGCUGUUGUGGGUAUGGUAGGAAGUGGCAAGUCUUCACUUCUGUCUGCUAUUUUGGGAGAGAUGGUUGUACAUAGUGGACAUGUUAACAAUCAGGGUACCAUUGGAUAUAUACCGCAGGAGGCGUGGAUACAACAUAACACACUGAGAGAAAAUAUUCUGUUUGGGUCUGAGAUGAGAGAUGAUGAGUACACUGAAGUCAUUAAGGCAUGUGCCUUGGGACCUGACCUAGAGGUUCUUCCCUCUGGUGAUGACACAGAAAUUGGAGAAAAUGGCAUAAAUUUGAGUGGAGGUCAGAAGCAGAGGGUCAGCCUGGCCAGAGCUGUGUACCACAAGAGUGAUAUCUACCUUCUAGAUGACCCACUCAGUGCUGUAGACAGUCAUGUAGGCAGACACAUAUUUGACCAUGUGAUUGGUAAAAAUGGACUUCUAAAAAAUAAGACAAGAGUUCUAGUAACUCAUGGAUUGCAAUGGUUGCCAGAAGUUGACAGAGUGUUUGUCAUGACAGAUGGGCAGUGUACAGAACAGGGAUCAUUUGAGGAACUCAUGUCACAUAAUGGCCCCUUUUCUCAGUUCUUGUCCCAGUAUCUCUCUCAACAGCAAGCACAAACAGAGGGGAUUAAAAUCAGGGAUGGAAAUGUAAACUUGAAAGAUGAAGAAGAAUCAAUCUCUAUUAAUGAACUUGAAAAUGAAGAAACUAGAAAAGACAUCUUUAAACGGCUGGUCUCUAUUGAGUCAUGUAAAAGUGAUGUCAUUACUGACAAUGACUAUGAGCUUAAAAAGCAUUUUGAAGAAAACAAGCAAGCCAAGUUUGUCAAACAAGAGAGUAUGAAAGUUGUUGAAGCUGAAGAAUUUGAUGCAUCAUCUAAACUAAUCCAGGAGGAAGAGAUUGCAAGUGGCAGGGUGAGCUGGUCAGUGUACACAUCAUUCUGGAAGUCCAUGGGCUAUUUUUCUAUUUCUGUAAUGAGUCUGCUGUUCCUCUCCUGUUUUGUUUUUGAACUGGUGGCUGGAUUUUGGUUAUCCUACUGGGUGGACAGCCCACUACUCAACAAUCAUUCUCUACCUGCUCAUAGCCCAGAGAGGCAUGCUGAGAAUAUCUAUUAUGUGUCUAUUUAUAGCAUAUGGGGCAUACUAGAGACUGUAGUGGUGAUUAUAUUUACCAUAAUAAAAGCAUUUCGACAAAGACGAGUAGCAAAAAACAUUUAUGAGCGGUUGAUCAGCAGCAUUUUGACCAGUCCAAUUCAAUUUUUUGAUACCACACCAAUUGGGAGAGUCUUGUCAAGAGUCUCUAAGGAUAUGGGUGUAGUUGACCUGACUCUGGUAUUGUGGAUGGAAAUCUGGCUUCAUUCAAUCUUUGCCAUUUUGUGUAUGAUUGUUGCUAUCAUUAUCAAUAUGCCAGUCUACCUUGCUGUAAUAAUUCCUGUUGUGCUCCUAUUUUAUUUUAUUGAGAAACUUUAUUUGCCAACAUCUUGCCAGUUACGAAGGUUGGAGAGAAAGGGGUUGUCACCCAUCCUAAGUCACACAAGUGAAUCCUUUGCUGGUAGGAGUGUUAUAUGUGCUUUCAGAGAAGAGGAAAGAUUCAUCAAGGAAGCUGAGGAGAAGGUGGACUUUUUCCAGCAGAAAACUUAUUCAAGUAUGGCUUGUGAAAGAUGGCUAUCAAUGCGUUUGGGUGUUAUAAGUGAUGUCUUAGUUUUGGUUGCUGGGAUACUCUGUGUGGCUUAUCGUGAUCAACUUUCUCCUGGGCUCAUUGGUCUUUCAAUGAGCAUGGCAUUAACAGUAACAGGAAAUAUGCAGCUGCAAGUAAGAGUAGCAAGUCUACUUGAGAUGGAUAUUGUUUCUGUUGAGAGAAUUCUUCAAUACAUUAAUUUACCAUCUGAAGCACCUCGCCAUUUGCCAUGCCCUGGUUACACCCAGCAUUGGCCUCAGACAGGAGAUAUAAUCUUUAAAGAUGUUUGCGUACAAUACAGAAAGGGUUUGGAUUUGGUUCUGAAGAAAAUAAGUUUUCAUGUUCAAGAUGGCGAAAAGGUAGGAAUUGUAGGGAGAACAGGUGCUGGAAAAUCAUCCCUUCUCUUAACUCUUUUUCGAUUGGUAGAGCCCUGUGAUGGACAAAUCUUUAUUGAUGGUUUGGAUAUUAGUAAACUUGGUCUCUAUGAUCUCAGACAGAAGUUAACUAUUUUACCUCAGGACCCAGUGUUAUUUACUGGUACUCUGAGGACAAACUUGGACCCUUUUGAUGAAUUUCAAGAAAAAGAAAUAUGGACAUCACUAGAACAUUGUCAUCUCAAAUCUUUUGUGAAGAACUUACCAGAAGGGCUGGACUAUGAAGUUGGGGAAGGAGGUACAAAUUUGAGUAUUGGCCAAAGACAGCUUGUAUGUUUGGGGAGGGCGUUGCUAAGGAAAACAAAAAUCUUGGUGCUGGAUGAAGCCACAGCAGCUGUGGAUGUAGAGACAGAUGAACUGAUUCAAAAGACAAUCAGGUCUGAGUUCCAGGGCUGUACUGUGUUAACCAUUGCACAUAGGCUCAACACUGUCAUGGAUUACGACAGAAUUUUGGUUCUAGACAAGGGGAGAGUAGCAGAGUUUGAUUCCCCAGCUGUUUUACUGAAUGAUGUCAACUCUUUGUUUUACAAGAUGUCAGCAGAGUCACAAGCAUUGAGAUUAAACAAUUCUUAGACACAAGCUUCUUCUCUCAUAACCUUAUUAAUGCUUACAUGUCUCUAAAAGGCUAAUAAAGAUAUUAAGUAAAGUAUUUUAACUAGUAUAAAGUAACUCACUUUUAUUUUAACCUCCAAUAAAUUUACACAAGGCCUAUGACUUAAGCUGUAGGCCUAUAUUAUGAUAGUUAUUUCUAAUACAUGAUAAUGUUUGUUAAAUAAAAAGACAUAAAAUUAACUUUAUUCUAAAUGAAAACGCAACACAAUUUAUACUUUCUUUCACCAUUUUAUUUUGUCUUUUUAUCUCGUCAUUCAAGUUUUUUUAAAUAUAGGCCUAUUACUCUAAACAUUUUAAUAGGAAGCAUAAAAAACCAAAGAAUGUAGGCAUUUAUUAAAUAAUUUAUUCAAGUAUUUAUUAUUUAUAUUUGUUUAAACUUUUAGACAAGUCAUUGACAAGUCAUUUAAACUGCCAUUUUGCAAAAAAAUCUUUACACAUUAUUUAUAAACUUCUGUAUUACAUUUUUAAUGUUAUUAAUGCAGAUUGAAUGUGUGCUAUACAGUAAUACAGAACAUGUAUUAUUUUUAUUGUUAAUUGUACUUUUGGUUAGUUUUAUUAUGGUCAAAGAUUAACCAACAAAGUUGUAUUAUCAUACUGCAAAUCAUCAGUCCUAUUUUAGAAAAUGUUAAAAUUUACUUUUACAGUGUUUAUUCUUAUAGUUUUGAAUAAUUUAUACAUUUACAAAAAAAAGCAAAGAAAUUAUUUAUGAUGCCAAGAAUGUUAUUCUUGUACAUUUUAGCUAUUGUAAUUUGUGCACUAAAAAUUAUAGCACAAAAAUGUCUAACUACAAUGUAGUAAUUUAUUUGUUCUUAAUAUACCUACAAUAUUAACCAUACUGUUAAAAUAUUGUGAUGUUUGAGUUAAGGUUUUAAUAGCUGGAUCUCCAUUUUAAUUCUGGUCUACAAAAUCUUUCAGUGACAGAAAUGUUCAAUAAAAAAUGUUUAUGAAAGCAACUAAA